AUGCCUCUUGUUACCCAUUCAGGGUGUUGGACUAAAGCCCCACCACCGCCUGACUAUGUUCGCACUUACGCGUCCAAGGACCAAAAGGCUGCCGAAUCUGAUGCUGAUGACAACCAGGCCUCUACACAUACUACGCGAAAGCAAACUCGCUCUCGUGCUGGCCCGAGGUCUGUCAUGAAUACCCAAAACCAAGACCGUCCGCAUCCUCGACCCAAGGCUUGCCCUCUUCCAAGGAAGAAGUGCAGUGAUGUGAACAAAGGUCCCGAGGUCCAGUUGUCUGACACCACCAAUGGGUCCACAAAUGGCGCAGAUGGCGAUGUGCCAUCAGCUGGUCUUGAGGAAGAUGGUACUAGUAAUGCUGCCAAUGAGGAUUCAGCGACGAACCACAGAGAGCAGACUGCACUUCUAUCCAACGGUGAAUGUGGUGGUGCUACAGCGACAAACAAAGGGGAGAGAUCCGACGGUGAAUGUGGUGGUGCUGCAGCGACAGACGAAGGGGAGAGAUCCGAUGGCGAAUGUGGUGGUGUUGCAGCGACAAACGAAGGGGAGAGAGACACAGGUCUAUCUGACGGUGAAUGUGGCGGCACUACUAAGACAAACGAAAGGGAGACAAACGAAGGGGAGAGAGAUGCAGGUCUAUCUGACAGUGAAUGUGGUGGCACUACUAUGAUGAACGAAUGGGAGAGAGAUGCAGUUCCAUCCGACGGUGAAUGUGAUGGUAUUGCAGCGACGAAUAAACAGGAGAAGACUGCAGUUGCAUCCAUGACCAUUCACCCGUGUAGAUCUGGUGCCCACAAAUCGUAUGCUCCUGGUCAUGAGAGUGAUCCCACAGAGAGCUCUGACUCUGACAGCGACUGGGCAGAACUCAAAGAGAAGCGAAAGAAAGAAGAACGCACUAAUGAUCCUGCGAGGCCAUUCAGACUGUCUGCGAAUGACAAGCAGAAGGGACGAGCGGUGGCAGACAACCAUGGUGACAAUGCCGAUGCCGAUCCCGAGGGCUGUGAUGAAGAUCAGAUGUCUGAAGAUGGGGAUGGGGCCACACAUAAAGCAGGAAGACUGUCCAAAGAAGGGGUUUUGAAAACGGAAGAAUUUGGCAAGAGAGUUAUGGCUGAAGCAACUGCAAUUGGAAAAGAGUUUGGGAAACACCGGAGGGUGAUUCUUAUUGAGGCAGGACUAGCGACGAAGGCAACUUGCAAAGAGUCUGCCUGGAACCAGCAUCAAGCCUGGUUCCCGACUGUACUACCUCCAUCCAAAGAACCAAACUUGGCAUCAUGGAAAGUCAAGCAAAAUGCGCACUAUCAUGCCCACCCAUACAAAGACCCUAACCACGCAUCCCUAUGGAAGAAAAUCCAACACCAUUGGGAUAGCGUGGUUGCCAGCCCUGAGGAUCUUUCAUCACGGGAGUCAUCCAGUCUCAUGACAGCAGUUCAUGAAGUGUUUGCAAAAUCGGCUUCAUAUUGGUACCACACCCACGGAAUCCAUAUCGCUGGUAUCACCAUUUAUCCAGGAGAUGAGGAAUCUAGUCGGCAGGCCUCUGGCUUUUUUCACUUGAUAGAUGAGCUUACUACAAUCCUAAAAUACAAGGACUUGGAGGCUGCUCAAGCAGAAGGCAAGAGUCUCAGUUUUCUCCCACUGCCUGUCGCAGUCCCAAAUGCUCCCCUCUUGCGCAAUGGCAAAUCUGCCAGGGAUAGAAAUCGCAUGGUGGCGCCUUUAAUCAUCAGUGAAGCAUUUGCUGAUGCUGGUCAUCCCUCUAAAACAUCGAACAACAGGUGGAUGAGGAUGCUUGACAUCCUUUACUCUACGCAACUUUGCAUUCAUGACUGGCCAGCAGGAGUUCCACCCCCUGGCCCUGAUUUUGAUCUCAAAUCGCUGUCUGCGAGUCAAUUACACACCUUAGUGGGUCCAUAUCUCAGGAAGCAUCUCGGCGACAUGUAUGAGGCUGAGUUGGGCCAAGAUGAGGACGAGGACAAUGCAGAGAAAGCCACGAUGACAAAGCGGAAAGGUAAAUUGAAGAAGUCCAACGAGAAUCGCAGAACUCGCGGCGCGGUUGUGCAGGAGCCCGAUGUCAUCUUAUCUAUCAAGGGGUGGACUCCUCGUGCAUAUUCAGGUCAGCUAUCAGACUUCGCUGGAUACUCUCACGAGGUGUACUCAAUCCCUCUUGUUAUCGACACAGAUGGCGUCAUUUUACGUCGUCUGGAAGAGUCGGAGAAAUUUAUCAAGGACCUCCCUCCCCAUGUUACUGAGCAUUUAAACACAGGGACUUCAUGCUCUAUUGGAGCUUUGCGCUCUCACCAGGAAGCUUCACGCUUGUACCCCGCAGCUCUGCGCUCCGACUAUCGGGCUCCGCACUCCAACUCUGGGGCUUCGUGCUCACAACAUGGGGCUUCGCGCUCACAACAUGGGGCUUCGCGCUCACAACAUAGGGCUUCACGCUCGAUUCCACCUGUCCCUAUUCACACUGACCAUGAUGAACUCCUGGAUCACAGCAUUCACUCAGAUGAGUUCGACGACGAUCUCCCACCGUCAUCCCCACCACUGUCAUCUCCUCAUGCAAUCCCUCAAGGUUCGAAUGUAGCAGCAGGACGAUACCAGUACAACUGCAUACGUAAAGAUAUCUGCUGCUUAAUGGCCUCUGAGACUAGGAAAUGGACUCGUGAUGAUUAUGAAAGUGCAAGGGAGGCCGACGACAUUGAAACAGGAAUGGUGGCUGCAAGAUAUCGGAGCAGGACCCAUGACAGGGAAAGCAUGGGUAUGAGGUCCACCAAGGGUCACAAUCAUCCUAAGCCAUAUGUUCGUGCCUCAUCAAAGGCACGCAUGGGACCUGCCCCAAACCAAAACACUACGCACUUGCCAUCUCGUUCAGCAGUCGUGCCAUACUCUGAGGGCUCUCCAUCUUCGCGCCAAUAUGUCUCACGUCUUCAGCCUGCUCAUGUCCUGGAUCACCGUUUACUUCCUCUUGUAGAUGAGGAUGAAUUUGAGUAUAACUGA